GUCCUUGUGCCCAAAAGCAUGAUUAAAAAAGAGGCUGUAAACAGGCUCCCGGUCAGCAACCUUUGAUUAAACCCAUUUCAGUUGCACAAAGUGGAAAUUCCAAACGCUAAAAAUAAUACCGCAAAUAAAAAAAAAACAAAGGAACGGGGAUCCGAACGAGAGACUUUACUGGAAGUUGCUCAGUUGCAUCGAUUAGUCACCAGGACUUUCAGUCACAGAAUUUCACUUUAAACGAAAGCAAGGGAGAGACACGCACACAUUGCUGAGAGAGACAGAGAGAGGAAGGAACAGCCAGAAGUGGACAGAGAAACUGUAACAGGACAUCCAGAACAUGUGAGUUGGAAAGACUUGAAUGAUUCAGAUGCGACAAAUGAGAGAAAAAGCAAUACAUCAGACAGAAAGGAAGACUUUUUAUUAAAUAAGAAGGACGUUAUAGACUCCACAACCCACUCAAUUCAAACCCACAUCGAAAGGGGUUUCUCAGAAGACCCAGGUUAGAGAUUCUUCACCAUGGGCGAUCCAACAGUAAUGACAGCUGAAGCUGGCUUCACUCUGACCCAGCAGGACUGGUCCCUGGGAUGGACAUCAUACACGUCGCCUCCAACCAAUUCCACAGGCAGUGCCAACCUCACCAACAACACAAAUGUGUGCCAGGUCAACGCCGACUUCCAGUACCUCCUGUUUCCCGUGGUGUACAGCCUGGUGUUUGCCUUUGGCACUGUGUCCAACCUGUGUGUCCUCUGGUACCUCUUCAGGAAGAAGGGCUCAUUCUCACCGUCUGACGUCUUCAUGAUCAACUUGGCCGCCAUCGACCUCAUCUUCGCUGCCCUGCUCCCGUUCAAAGUGGUCUACCACGCCCUGAAGAACGACUGGAUCUUCGGCGAGGUAGCAUGCAAAAUCACCGGCUCCCUCUUCUUCGCCAACAUGUAUGGCAGCACACUCUUCCUCACCUGCAUCUGCGUGGACCGCUACAUCGCCGUCGUCCAUCCCAUCCGAUCGCUCCAGCUCCGCAAAACGCGCUACCGCGUGAUCACAUGCUGCCUCAUCUGGCUGCUUCUGGCCUGUGUCCUGCUCUGCCUGACUAUUGGAGGACCUCUGACCAGUAAGUUCCCCAACGGCAAGACGGCCUGCCUGGAGAACUUCAACGCCAAGUCCUGGAACAGACGCAUCUCGGGGAUCAGCAUCGUGGCCGCGGUCAUCGGUUUCUUCAUCCCAUUGGUCAUUAUCAUCGUCUGCUACCCUCUGAUCGCCAAGAAGCUUCUGGAACACAACGCGGGCAAGGACACAGUGCACAUGGUGAAGAGGAGAGCCCUCCGCACGGUGCUGCUGGUGCUGGUGGUCUUCCUCAUUUGCUUCGUGCCCUACCACCUCAUCCAGUUGAUCCACACCCUCCGACGGAUCCGGGUGCUCUCCAGCUGCCGCCUCAUCCAGUUCACCUACUCGGCGCGACGGGUCACCAUGGCACUGACCAGCCUCAACAGCUGCCUGGACCCCGUCGUCUACUCGUUCAUGAGCAAUACCUUCAACUGGAGGAGGCUGUGCUGUCAAGGAGAUCGGCUCACAAUCAGCUUUCCCACCAAAGACACAUCAGGGAGAAGAUCAACACGUUUAGCCGCUCUCUGAGAUCCCGGGACUUCCUUAUCCUUUCCCAGUCUUUGCUUGAACUGUCACAGAUUAAUGGUUGAGGGUGGGAGUGCUUGGUGAAGUCGGGUUGGGGGUGGGUGAGCUCUGAGCAAGGAAUCUGUCAACAUUGACACCUCCAUCGAAGACACACAUGCUAUCUAUCCUCCUCACACAAAGCUGUCGCUGACCUGCCCUUUCUCUUAGACACAAUUUCUCCUAGAAAUACCUUCUCCUUUCUCAUAGACUAACACAGACAAAGCUUAUCUCACACUCACAGUUUACAUUCUCCCCCUCAUGGAAGUGCACUCAAUGUUUCUUCACCCGCUCACCUACCUACUGUUGAAAUUUGAGCAUUGUCUACAUCUCUCAGCAGAUGUUGCCAGACCUGCUGAGUUUCUCCAGCGAUUUCUGUUUGAGUGUGUUACUGUUCGAUCGAUAGACCUAAUUUGCUUCAGUAAAGGCAAACCUACUGUGCAUGCUGGAAAUCUGAAACAAACACAGACAAUACUGGGGGUAUUCAGCAAGUCUGGCAGCAUCAGUGGAAGGAGAAACAGACUUAAUGUUUGGAGGCUGGUGUGAACUAACUGGCCCGCACUUGGCUGGAAGGCUGGUUUGCAAUACAGAACAAUGCGUGAAGCGUGGGCUCUAUUCCUGCACCAGCUGAGGUACCAUGAAGGACUGUCCUUCCAACCUCUCCCCUUGCCUGAGGCAUAGUGACCCUCAGAUUAAACCACCACCAGUUACCAGUCUGGGACCCUAGCACCUCAUGUAUGAGUGCGUGUGUGCGUGUGUGCGUGUUUGUGUGUAUUUGUGUGUGUGUUUGUGUGUUUUUGUGUGCGUGCGU